AUGUACGCUCAAAUCAAACCGCUUUUCCUGUGCGUCCUGGUGGGCCCCUCCGCUCUAGCAGCGCCCCAGCAUCACAGGCACCAGCACGGCCGCAAGCCCUGCAACCCCACCACGUACGAGGAGGUCGUCACAUACUCUGUAGUCACUACUUUUGUUGAGAGCACGACUGAGGCCUACCUAACAACAAAGGUAACGCCGACUCCGGAGGAAACCGAGGAGAUGACCUCAGCCGCGCCCUACCCAACAACGACAACGACCACAAUCAUGGCUCCGGAAGAGACCGAGGAGAUGACCGCAGCCGCGGUCUAUCCAACGACCACAACGAUAACGGCUCCAGAUGAGACUCAGGAGAUGACCGCAGCCGCGCCCUACCCAACAACAACAACGACGACCACGAUCAUGGCUCCGGAGGAGACCCAGGAGAUGACCGCAGCCGCGCCCUACUCAACAACGACAACGACCACAAUCAUGGCUCCGGAAGAGACCGAGGAGAUGACCGCAGCCGCGGUCUAUCCAACGACCACAACGAUAACGGCUCCAGAUGAGACUCAGGAGAUGACCGCAGCCGCGGUCUACCCAACAACAACGGCGAAGACGACACCGGAGGAGACCCAGGAGAUAACCACAGCCGCAGCCCCCACCGUCACCGCGGCCUCUUCCUCCUCCUCCUCAGGCGUCGACUACAUGACUACAGUCAACAAAUGGCGCGGCAUCAUGAACCUCCCCACCCUGACCUACAACGCCGCGAUCGAAGCGUCGUGCAUGCAAACACUGAUCAACAACGGCAAGAAUGCGCUGACCGAGGCUUCGCACAUGCUGUCCAACGGCGCCAUGGCCCAGGUGCUAGCCACGGGCACCUGGACAACCGACGGUUUUGCCAAAGCGUAUGUUCAGGAGUGGCUGUGCGAGAUCCCGAGCCUUCACGGCCUGAGCGGCGUGUGCAAUAACCCGGCCGGGUCGAGCGAGCAGGGGCAUGCGAAGAUUCUGACUUCGAAGAGUUACACUACUAUUGGGUGUGCGGGCUUCGAUGGGAAUGUGGGAUGCUCGCUUGGGUUUUGA